AUGGACUCAAAGUCCUAAUGUCAUCUAUUUGAUUGCAAGUGUUGCAACACACCGGGUCACCUCCUGGCUUAAAUUCUGCUGCAGGCUGCGGGCCAGCACUCCGUGUGUGCCUCCCACUUCUUUUUUUUUUCCCCCAGUGAGCGACAAGGCAGCACAUUGUGCUCACACCGGGACGGCCAAGGUUACGCAGGCGCUUUUUCUCUCACCCCACGCCAAAAACGCAGGCAGUGCGCGGCACACGGCUGCAUCUGCCCGUCCGCCCUUAACGUUUCCUCCUCUUUCCAGCAACUUCACCGCACGGCAGGAGAGCUUUGUGGUGAGAAAUGGAGACCUUCAACAACAAUCUUAAUAGAUUCUUUGAAUCAUGGAUGGGUCCAAGAGAUAAGCGGGUGGAGAAAAUGCUUUUGCUUGAGAACUACCCUCCAACCUUUGCACUUACGGUCAUGUACCUCCUGAUUGUGUGGAUUGGGCCCAAGUACAUGAAGAACAGGCAGCCAUACUCCUGCAGAGGCCUCAUGGUGCUCUACAAUCUGGGCCUUACACUUUUGUCCUUCUACAUGUUUUAUGAGCUUGUUAACAUUGUGUGGCACAGUAACUACAAUUUCAUCUGCCAGAACACAUACAGUGAACCAGAAGUGGACAUUAAGGUCAUAAAUGUCCUGUGGUGGUACUACUUCUCCAAGCUCAUUGAAUUCAUGGACACCUUUUUCUUUAUACUGCGAAAGAAUAGCUACCAGAUCACAUUUCUUCAUGUGUACCACCAUGCCAGCAUGCUGAAUAUAUGGUGGUUUGUUAUGAACUGGAUACCCUGUGGCCACACAUACUUCGGUGCCUCCAUAAACAGCUUGGUCCACGUUGUCAUGUACUCUUACUACUGCCUCUCAGCCAUUCCUGCCCUCCGGCCGUACCUCUGGUGGAAAAAGUACAUCACACUGUUCCAGCUGAUCCAGUUCUUUAUGACCAUCGUCCAGACCGCCUCUGCAGUCAUACGGCCAUGUGGGUUCCCCAUAAGAUGGCUCCUCUUCCAAAUAAGUUACAUGUUCACAUUCAUGGUGCUUUUCUCAAACUUCUACUUUCAGACUUACAAGAAGCGCAGUUCUUCUCAGAAAAAGGAGCAUCAAAAUGGCUCGUCUACAUCAACAAAUGGACACGCAAAUGGUACGCCAUCGAUGGAGCACACUGCAUCCAAGAAGCUGAGAGUGGAUUGACAAUUGAGAAGCCGUCAUCAUGUUCUCACAGUAGUAUAUUAGCUAAUGCUGCAAAAGGAGGUGUACGUAUCUUCUUCUAGAAUAAUCUAGAUCUAAGCCAUAGCCGCAUAUAGUUGACUCAGAAUUUUCAUUUACAUGAAGGCACUUAGCACACGCUUUUAUCCAAAGCGAAUUAGAAAAGAACAAUUGAGUCCAUUUUAGAGAACAAUUUUCACAGCAGAACUUUAGGCUGGAUAAGUGCAGUUCAGGUGUGUGCAGCAGGAACAAAAACAUGAGGGGGGGACGGAAGUGGAAGAUGAGUCUUGUUAUCGUUUAGUUUGUUGUGACAGGAGGUGACAGGAGACAGGAGGUAAGCUGAAAAAGGAGGUUUUUUUUCUGUUUUGCACACUUACUUAAAGUAUUAAAUUUAUGCUAUUUUUAGAGUACUGUAGUUUUGUCCACACUGCCUUCCUUACCUUUUAGAAUAAAUUAAAUUCACAACAGGGAUCUAUUUCUGCCAUCAGCAAACAAACACGCAUUUAUACUCAGUGAUGCUUCUCACAGCAAAGGUCCAAAGAUGAUUCACUGUGUUGUCAGCUGACUUCAUUACAGCAUGGCUUCCAUUUAAGGGACAGUUUAAUACAAAGUGCUUGCUGUGGUCACAGUGGUGAUGCUUAUGGUGAACAGGUGUCUGCUUUACCUUUCCAUGGCCUAAAAUGCGUAUUACAAAUGUGGGUUCUCAGUAACACUGUCAGGGAUUUCUUCAUGCAGCACAAAAUGGCAUUUUAAAUCUGCACGGGUAACCAAAGCAUAGAGUACCGCGUUGUGUUUUUACGAACACAGAAAUCCAGUUCCUCAUGAUGUCAGUAUUACAGGAAGUAGCUACUUCUGUGAGUACACCUAUCGGAGCUUCAAGAGCCUAAAUAUGUUCAACUUGAUAAGAUUGCACCUUAUCUGCAAGAAAUUUUAUUUUAACAAUAAAUUCUUAGGUAUCAAAUCAGGAAAGGCAGUAUGAUAAUUAGAUAUAAAUCACUGCUAAAUAAGAAAAAGCUCAUUCAAAUAAUGAUCACUAAAAAGUUUUUGUUAACUGAAGGAAAGCUAGAGUUUUUCUUAAGACAGUGAUAUCUAAAAGUUUAGAUUUCAUUUUUAAAUCCAAUAACACAUAAUACAUUAUCAAACCUUUCUUUUUAAUAUCUGAUUCAAAACCUUUUUGUUAUUUUUAUUCAAUAGAUCUUUUUUCCAGUCAAGAUAUUUUGACAUAUCUUUUCAUGAAUCACACAGUCACAAAUAAACAUGAACAAAAGCUUUUUCCUCCCUACUAGAGGGCAUAUUGUGAAAAAGAUCUAAGUUUGUAUAACUCCAGUAACUUUUGGUUGAUAACACUAGCUUAAGGACUCUGCUGAUGGAGCCAUUUCCCCUUGUCAACUCCUCUAUUCUGGUCCUUCCAUGAGAGAUGGGAAGUUCAAAACCUACAUGCAUUCUACUGUUAUUUAGCCAUGAUUUGACAGAAUGAUUGUUGUGAUCAAGGGAUUUGUUUUUUGCUAUAUUUUUCUUUGGAACUUUUUAAGGUUUCCAACAAGACCUUUCUGGAGUUUUAUGAAAUGUGGUUUGCACCACAACAGUUUUCAUAAACAUGUUGCAAGAAUCCCACUUAUGGGAUGGGUGUGAACCCACAAACGCCUGCUUUUAUUCCCAGUGACACAACACCUCUGGAAUCUGAUAUUUCCUUAGAAUUGAGGAUUAAGAUACUUUUACCACUCAUGCAUAUGGGAAAAAAUGCCCAAUUUUUCUGUUAAAAUAUACAAUAGUAAUAUAUUUCUAAUAAUAGUUUGUUUUUAUUUUUGUUUUGUUGUCUUCUCUUUAUAUCUUAAGCAGAGAUUGCAUUACAGAGUGAAAGAAAGUGUUGAACACCAUUUUAAAUGGGGUGCCUUCCUGUUUAGCUAAUUCGUUUUUUAUGUAUUAUUUUUAAUCUUGUCAGUCAAUCCUGUGUGUCCAACCUUAUUUUUCCUCAAUUGUAUUUAUUAAAUUUAGUGAAACAUAAGGAUAAACACAAUAAUAAAGAUAAUUAGUGAUACCUGAACUAUGUAGUGGUGAAUACUCAGGCUGACCUUGAAUGAACAAAGCAGAUCAGGUAAUAAUUAAUGUCUGGAAGUGUGUGAAGAAACAGAAAGCCAGCUUAGCAAAGUUGGAAACAGAUAGAAAGAGUUAUCCUGACUCUGUUAAAAAAAAAUGCUGAAGUCUGUUACAAAAACCUCCAAAGCUUACUUUAGAUAAUGCCAGACAGAGCCAGCCUGGCUGUAUUCAGUUUUACUACAAAACCCAGCUGGCUUCACACAGGGCAUACAGACCUUAGUAAAGAAGAGUGAAUACCUAGCACUUUUCCAUAGUUUUGACUUUUCUUUUGAUGGAGAAGUUGUGAUUGAAAUGUUUUUUUCACCAACAUUCCCUUUGACCUUUACAGUAAAUGCUGCUAGAGGGAAAAUGAAACAUCUGUGGAGCUGGAUUUCUGUUCCAUGCAGACUAAAUGUAAUAAGAUAUCUUUCCAAUAUCUUAAAAUCUAGUUACUCAUUUGUCAGUGAAAAUGAAUUUUUUAAAGCACAUCUGGGCUGGUAACACAGCAGCAUGCAUGAACCAUAUCGAGUCAGGUUUUUCUUUUCUUUUCCAGAUAAACAUAUUAGCACUGAUUUACACCUUGAGAAAAGUCAAGGAAGCAUACCAGAAUGUAAUGUAAUAUUUAUGUUCUUAAUUGCUCAAAUGAAUGUGUGUAUAUGGAUAUAAACAGAUGUAUUUUUUUGAAAUCUUGGAUAAAUGUGUGUUCAUGUUCAGUGACUCAUGUUUAACUUACUGUAAUACAUUAAAGGAAGGUGGGAUGAAAAA